CUUCUCCUUCCGCUUCCAAUCUCAGUUCUGCUCAGUUCUCCUCAGCUAGAAAUGGAGACCGAUCCUUCUCCUCUGCAACCCCAAACCCCCGAUAGCUCCGAAGAGCAGCAGAAGGAGAUAACGAGUUCGCCCUCGAAAUCCUCUCCGCCGAUUGCUUCGCUGUCCCUUUCGCUCUCUACCAACCUCCUCCUCUCGAAGCCAACGCCGCCGGUGGCGACGGCGCAACCAUUCGCGGCCUUACCCUCCCGUCUCAAGAUCCCGACCCAGAUCUUCUCCCUUACCCGCCUCUCUUUCUCUGCUUCCAGCGUCUCUACUCCAGCCCGUCCCUCAAAUCUCUCGUCCUCCACCCCCGCCCUCCUGUCAUCACCUUCCCCUUUUCUCCGCCGCCGCCCUGCAGAUCCAUCUGGUGGUGCUGCCGCUCGCCGAUGCACCCUCCUCUGGUUCCGCUGCGACCUUCGUACACACGAUAAUGAAGCACUUACUGCGGCUAGUAAUGAAUCCCUCUCCAUUCUACCUGUAUAUCUCUUCGACCCCCGCGACUAUGGAAAAUCCUCCUCCGGCUUCGACAAGACGGGCCCCUACCGUGCUACAUUUCUUCUACAGUCCGUCGCUGAUCUCCGUCGCUCCCUCCGCGCGCGGGGAUCGGAUCUCGUAGUUCGGAUUGGCCGGCCGGAGAGCGUCCUCGUUGAGCUGGCACGAUUGGUUGGCGCCGAUGCGGUUUACAUGCACCGAGAGGUGUCGCAUGAAGAGGCGAGGACGGAGGAGAGGGUGGAGAAGGCGAUGGAGAGCGAGGGAGUUGAGGUGAAGUACUUUUGGGGGAGUACGUUGUACCACAUUGAUGAUUUGCCCUUCGAGCUGGAGCAGAUGCCGUCGAACUAUGGUGGGUUUAGGGAAAAGGUGCAGGGCUUGAAUGUGAGGAAGACUAUAGAGGCACUAGAUCAGAUAAAGGGGCUUCCAUCGAGAGGGGAUGUCGAGCCCGGCGAGAUUCCGACGCUGAUGGAUUUGGGGCUUAAUCCUGCUCCUGCAGUGACUCAGGAUGGAAAGCCAGCAGUUAGUGCUUCUCUUGCGGGUGGUGAGACUGAGGCCUUGGAAAGGCUCAGGAAAUUUGCAGUUGAAUGUUGUGCUCAGCCAAACAAAGGGUUUAGAAAUGGGGCUCAGGAUAGUAUCUAUGGUGCUAAUUUCUCUUGCAAAAUUUCUCCUUGGUUAGCAAUGGGAUGCCUUUCUCCCCGUUUCAUGUAUGAGGAACUCAAGAGGACUGCAAAUAGGGCAAUUUCAAGCAAAACUCAGAAAAAUGUUGAUGCUUCAGGAGGCAGUGGAAUGAAUUGGUUGAUGUUUGAAUUGCUGUGGCGGGAUUUUUUCAGGUUCAUUACAAAGAAGUACAGCACCAAACGUAAGGUUGGCGCCGAGCCAGUCACAGCCUGUACUGUCCAAUCAAGCUUCUCAACAAGAUGAAUCUACCAAGCCCAAUAUGAUUCACUCUGAUGUCAUUAAGGUAACGUGUGAUCUUUUUUAGUUGGAUAUUAUUCCUUUCUGCUUAAGGGAUUUUCAUUGCUCAUAAGAAUCCUUCAUGAGGAUCAUAUCAGUUUCACACA